GAUCAGAAAUCUGCUGAAAAAACUCCAGAGAGGCGCAGCAGGCAGAUCAGAGGAGACACGAUGACUUCCAGUAAGAUCGAGAUCCCCGGAGAGGUGAAGAGCGACCCCGCUGCUCUCAUGGCAUCCCUCCAGCUGAUGCCCUCCCCGGUGCCCAACCCGGAGAUCAAGUACACUAAGGUCUGUUUCUCUACACACUCACUACACACACACACAACCGAACAGAUUUGCGUGUAACGAGCCCCGCUUCUGCUCGGUUACUGUCCGUGAAUCUUUAACAGAAACUUUCCGCGAACUAAACUUUAUUUUGUGCGUCAGCAGAUGACGCUUGGCUUAUGAGCAGAGAAAAGCUCACAGAUGAGCUGCAGGAGACCUCAAAACUUCUCCGAGCUCAACUUUCCAACUUCAGACCUAAAAACUGAUGAGUUCACGCUUUAACGUGGAGUGGAUUCAGCGUCCACGUGCUCAGCGUUGCAUAGUAUUUUAUUAUCAGUGAACCUAAAAACGUCAUUUUUAAUCGACACAUAAAAGUAUUUUAUUUCUGUUUUUAUUACAGCGUGUACUCGUGUGCGCAUGUUUCCUUACCAUCAUGUUACUUAACCUAAAAUAAUGACUUGUUAUGCCUGAACAUUUGAAUCAUUCCUUUUGUUUCUCUCUCUUUUUUUCUUUUUUUUUUCAUUUAUCACUUCAUGUUAUUUAAUGUGGUCUUAAUUUCCAAUGCAACACAGCAAUCUUAAUGUUAUAAAAGCGCAUUAUUCCGGACGUGUUAAAGUUUGAACUUUCUUUUUGGUGUGUUUUCUUGCUUCUAUUAGAAUUACAAGUUUUAUUUUCUUCUCUUAACGCAUAUUUUUGGAUGUACUUAACAUCACAAAUGCUGUCUUAGUGAAGACAAAGGGAAACAUCAGUCAGACUACUUCAUUAAAAUAGAAUUAUAACAUGUAAUAUAAUUUUAACUGCAAAGUCCCAUGAUGAAGGGUUAUAAAGAAAGUAGCUAUGUAUAGGGAUGCUUUCCAAACUGAGAUAUAUAUUUUCUUUUUCUUUUUUUUUUUAAAUUAAGUAGGUAUUUUGUGUGGUUUAUUAAGCGGCCCAGCUCUUACUGUAAUUUAUGCACCUUUUAGAGUCUUAUUUAUGUGACUUAAAUAACUACAGCAAAUUACAAUAUACAUUUGCUAUUUGAACCCCAAAAAAAUGAAGAUUUAAAACGUCCUUUGUAAAUUAUUAAUUAUUUAUUCAAUAUAUUGGCACAAAAAUAAAUUUAAUACAUGAAGGAACAUUAAAUGGGGUUUUAUGGCAGCACAUUAAGAGGUGUGUGGGUGGGAGAUCAGGGAUGUGAGAAUAUCUGCAGGAGUAACCUUUUAUAAACAAUCGUAGUUCAUUUACCAAAAUGAUCAAAUUGAGGAUGCUGCCACAGAAGAUCAGUUUUUAUUGGUGUCUUUCAUACUACUGGUUGUGAAAUCUAACGGCCACAUGUUGAUCCAAGGCAGUAAACACAAAAGUUGCCUAACUGAAGUAAAUCACAUGUACCUUUUUUAUAACUUUCAUUUUUGAAUGUUCCUGUGUGGGUCAUAAUCCACCACAACUUCAAGUUAGUUUCACACAUCAUGAAAUACUUACAAAAGGUCUUGUUCCCCUUUGACAACUUCUGCAAUAUUUAUUUUUCUUUUUCAACAAAUGCAUGUAGUGAAUAAUUUAAGACAGUUGUCGUUCUUUUAAGAUUCUUGUGACGGUUUCAGCCUUUGCAGCCAAGAUGUAGUCUGCUCCUGUUUUUUUUUUUCUGUAGCCACUGAAAAGUUCUUACAGCUGCAGAACAAGUGUUCUUAUGAUUGUGAGAUUAAAGGGCACAUCUCAUAGAGAACAGACUCAUGAUAGCGGCCAUGCUCUGUGUUAACACAUACCUCAGUGUUAUAGGUGCAAAGGGCACGCUGCUGUUGCUGCUGCACCAAAAAGACAGCGGCACAUGCAGGGAAAACUCUGCAGCGCUGUGAGCCUCACAUUCCCCCCCUCCCUGUGCACAGCCUUUUAGUUAAAGAGGUGGACACGAUGGUGUACAGGAGGAAAUUUAGGAAACGACUUGGUGAAUUAACCCCCAGGAAUUUGGAUCAUCCAGUCCCUGAUGGUUUGGUGGACAUAGGGGGCAGAAGGGCCCUGAUUUAUGGGAACCCCUGGCGUGGGCUUUCCUCACACCCUGUUCCUGUUCUCCACCCCGCUCACUGCGAGGGAAACUGCAUCGUUCACAGGCCUGCAGGACGAGUGAAUGUGUGUGUGUGUGUGUGCAUGUGUGAGUGUGUGGAUGGAGCUUUACACCGCUACACACAUUUUUUCUUAGUAAUUGUUUUAAGACCCACACAUUCAACCUCUCUUUAAAAUGAGUUUUUUUUCUUUAUUACAUAAAGUCACCCUGACUUUUCUUUGUUUUGCAACCAGAGAUUUUAUCUAAUUGACCCUGGUAACAGAGAUACGCCCGAUACACUAUCAUUCCUUUACAGGUUUGCUUCUAUCACAGGGAAGCAUAAAAAAGGUUAUUACAGUCAAGGUCUGCCCCUUGUCCUCUUCACCGAGUCGUGAACUUCUCACCGCCAGAGAUAGUAUCAAUAAAGCCUUUCUCUUUGUGCAUCUUUUUAAGAUUGCAGCUUUUUACUGCGACUCCCCCGUAGGUAGAAAAAGGUAGUUUUUGUAGACUCUUUUUCACAUAGCUAAAAGCAUGAGGAGCAAAGCUGUGUCUCAGUCGUCCUCUCCCCUGCCCCCACAUUUCUAUCUCUGGAGCUCCAACAGCUGGGUUACAAGACAGAAACAGUUUAAAGGUUGAUAGGAGCACGGAGGAAGCCAUAAAUAAGAGAGCCAUGAUAGCUAUUUAUUGAUGUUUUCCACUUGUGUUAGAAAGAACAGAUACUCUGCUUUAGGAUGAAUUAAGUAAAAGCUCUUUUUGGUGGGUGAGACUUGUGGCCUUUGUGGUUUUCACACUGCGCAGUGAUAAUGACUUGUUGAAGCAGACACUUAGAGGGACAAAUUUUACAAGACUGGGGUUAACUUGGCUGUUUCUGACAGAACAGUCUGUAAAUGUUUGUGCACGUUUGUCGUCUAAACACAAUUGAAAGGUCUGCUCAUUAUUUCGCCGAAUGCAAACUUAUUUCUGCAGCCCAUCUCUUUGAUAGGCUAAUGACAGAAAACUGCUAUUUUCUAAAAAGAACAUGAUUUAGGGAUCACUUUGAGCUACGGUCUUCUUUAUCUAAUCAACAGUUAUAAAUUUUCUUUGUUGAUUUGCUCGUGUUGGCAUUAGUGCGCUUUCACCAUAGGAACCUGUGCAGAACCUGCCUCCAGCAGACCUGUGUGUGUUUGUAGAGCGGCCUGUGCAGAGACAUCCUCUCAGUUUGGAUGAAUAAGAGGCUCCAUCAAUCUGUCACUGAUUGAGAUAGCACAGAUGGAGGCUUGGGGCUCCCCGAUGCUAGGUGCUGUCCACCGGGGUGUAAAUUAUGAGCCGCUCUCACUGUGUGGGUUAGUGGCCCUGCCUCGCCAGAGCCUGACCUGCAGCUCUGGACUUUUUCACUUCAAAACCAGCAUCUUACUGCGAUGGAGAUCAAACAGAGCCAAAGUUAGGGGAUACUGUGCAACUAAAUGAUUUAUCACAAAGAGCACAGCGAGAACUCUCCCAGCCUUCUCCUCCUCCUCUUCUGUUCCAUUGCUUACACAAUCCCCCAGCUCGCACACACAUGACCACAUACUCUCUACACUCUUUGAUUGUGACAGGCUAAGUGUGCACCACCCCUUAAUGUGUCUGUUGGUGUGAAAUGCCCACUUGUGCAGCGAGUGUAAAUUACCAUCCGAGCAGACACGUCAACAUCAAGUCCCCUGUCUCUUAAUCACUGUUUGAGGAAGAGCAGUGACAGCAAGGUUACCCUGUUAACUUCCCACACCUUCACUUACGUGGCCCCGCUUGACAAGGAACGUGUAAAUCCUUAUGGUGUCAUUAUGAAAAACACUCAGCUUCAUAAAUCUGUUCAAAGAGGUCCUUUCCCUGCCACAGCACCGACACACGAGUGCUUUUCUACAUGUUUGCUCGUCUGUGGAAAAGUGUCACAGUCCUUAAAAAUGACUUCCUCUUUGUCUGCAGAUCCCAAGAGAAAAACUACCGUUCUCUAAACAUUCCCUUGACCCGAGAGACAGAAGAACGGUUAAGUACUCAGGAAACCCAUCAAACUUCAGAUGUUCAAAAGAAAAAUAAAACACAGGAGGGGAGCGGAGAGGGCAAUUUUACCGUUGAUUCAUGACAAUUUGACCGCAUGGGGCCUUUAUUUCUACAUUUUUUCAUUUCAUCUCAAGAUAAACUCUGAUUUAUUCUGUGUCUUGAGUAACCUUUAAAUCUAGCCUGAAAAGGGAUUUGUGUUUAGUGGAAAUAUGUUUAAUGGAUGUCUUUGGGGUAAAAUAGACUUCCUUAAAAUGUGGAUUCCUUAAGUAAAAUCCUGAACCUUAGUCAAACAGUGUUGCUGAGCUCAAACGUCUAUUUGUGGCUUUGAAGACAUCAAGAAAAAACUGUUGCACGAAACUUUAAAUCUCUUUUUGGGCUUAAAGAAAACGUUUUAAAGAAAUUAGUAUAAUUCAAGCCUGAGAAAGUCAUUUAUCCAAACUGUCUGGUUGUGCAGUGAUGGGCUCAGUCUGCUGUGGUUUUAACAACUGGAGGGAAUCCAUCAAAUGAGUGAAUCUGCAGAACAAAUGAACAAGUAGUUGUUCAUAAUUACAGCCUUGUGUCAAAUUAGUGUUUCUCACAUAACUUCUGAGUCAGACAGAACAACUACAAACUGCGUGCACACACACACACACACACACACACAUAUAGACACCGGCAAGAGGACAAAGACGUUUGCCAGUCAGUGACAGCCAGGUUGGCCCCGCCAAACCCAGGAGCGCAGGGUGGCAUUGUGUGUGUGUGUGUGUGUGUGUGUGUGUGCACGCGCUUGAAUGAAAAACACGAAGGCUCUGUGGUGUUAGACAUGUGAAGAGGAGUACAAGAAAAAAAAAAAAAAAAACACCAGCUGGUCUCCACUUUCACAUGCUCUCCGCUCACUUGUAACAGUAGUAAUUAUAAGAGUUUUGAACCCGGUCCAGGACCAGAGAGGAAAUCGAGGUCCUGUGAUAGGGGGGAUAUGAAACUUCCUGCGCAGACGAGGGUUGCAGGUGCCCGGCUAGGACUCGUCUGGCUGUGGAAUCUUGGCGUGUUCUGUAUAAACACACACACAUACAUAAACCCUUACUCUUCCCCCACCCCACCCCUCAUAUCCACCCCCCCCCCCUAUUAUCCCUCAUGUUUCAAAAAAAGACAAGCCCUGAGUAGCAUUACAUGUCCCUUUAGCCAUUAGCGUCUGAGCUGUGAGAAGAAACAAAGAGCCAAACAGAUGUUUUCUUGGCUGCAGAAAGUGUUUUUGGCAUUUCUUACUUCCCAUUACACUUCACCCCAAAAAGUGUAUUAUCACAAAAAUAUCACGUACAGCGUUGUUAACACAUUUUACAAGGUGCAAGUCGAACAAAUCUUGGUUUUAAUCGAGUAUCCAAACUUUUCAAACUAAUGACGUGAAUAAAACACCUGCAUUAGUGUUCAAUGAACGUUGUGGAUGACUUAGUAGAGUUUUUGUAAGUGCUUUGCUGGUUUUGCAGAUAAGUGGUAAGGGUUGCUAAAUGUUUGCAGCUGCAAUGUAGCCUAUGCAGAAAGGCUUGACCUAAAUGCCAAAUGCUUAUCUGAAUUGUACAUCAAGCCUCUUUGCUGUGUGUUAGUCAUCACAUGAGAGCACAGGGAUACUUUUUUUUGUCAGAUUUAAAGCUUAUUUAAUUAAAAUGCAGUAUUUUUGUCCAAAACCCAUUCGUUUAAAAGUUGCAUUUCCAUUACAAAGAAAAGCAAAGUUGAUCAUUUUUCAUCUCUGCUUUCUCAGGGAAACAAAGUUAACCCUAAGUUCUCAGGUUGUUUUAAACAUGUAACCAUCAUGUGAAGUAAUAGCAGUGACUCCACGGGGAAUGGGAAAGAAAACACCAUUAGUCAUUUAAAAAAUGUGCACUUUGUGUCAUUCCUGUGUUCCAAAUGAUCCUAAAAGCAAUUUUAAGAAACCUUGAGAGUUGAUUUGUGUCUCGGCCCUGUCAUCUUAAUCAAGUCUCUCAAUGGAAUGAGACAAAAGUCUAACACCAGUCCGAGCCCAGAGAGAGGGCUGAGCCAAGCAGCGGCUGACAGUUGUCCUUUUCUGCCCGUGAUUUAGGUGGCGGCCUGCUCCACUGUUCUCCUGCUUCAUCCGUUCUCCUUCAGCAGCGCCUUGUGAGCGGGGUUACGCCUCGCGUAAAGCUACCCACGGUCUGCAUUCCUGCUCAGACUGUUCAGGCUGUCAGGGGGCUCCUCUUGAUUUAGGGUGCCCCACUUCAGUGGCCCCCUACAAUAAAUUUAAAACUAAUUCAGUGCUCUACAGGACUUUCUGUUUUUGUAGCUGGCCCUGUGCUCCUUAUCGUUACUGACAAUUUUAUGAAGUGCUCUUAAUGAGCGUCAGAUUAAAGGUGGCCUCUGAUGGAAGGCGCCUGAGAGGACUCCAGGCCCGUCUUUCUCCAUGAGAACGGGGGGAUGGUGCUGGUACGAAGGAACCGUAUCGUGUUUUCGUAAUGUAUGGCUCUGUAGGUUGGUACAUGCAGAUACAAAAAAACCUUAAACGUUUGAAUGUAAGUUAUUCAUACACCCAUUAUGAUCCAGUAAGACGUGGGAAUGAAGAGGGGGGGCGGAGGAGACAGAAGGACUGAUGUGCUUCACUGCACUCCAACAACUUUCAGACUCCCUGGCAAUUCAUACCAACCUGAGAGUAAACAUGGCUAACAGUUUAUUGCCAAUUAAACAGUACUCAAAGCCCGGAGUUUAUGGGGGUAAACAUGCUGGGGAGUUUAGGGAGUCUCAGGUCUGUGGGAUAGUUGAACACUACUCUUAGGUUUGUCUCUGAGCUCCUCUGAAGUAGACGAAUGGUAAGAGCACGUGUAUACAUAGGGAGAGUUGUGCCAGCAGAUGUUCCCCUUGCACUCAAUCUAUCAGGCAGACCGACAGCCAUUAAAAACAGUGUGUGAGUAGUCCACCUAAUGGAUCCAAACAAGUCGGUGAGGAAGGAGCUUUUUUGUGCCCUUUUCAAUGACACCACUUCUUUUGAUCAGCAUAUUAGGGGUUUGCUUGAAUUUCACAUGACAUAUUUCAAAGCUUUGUGACUCUUGUAAAUAUUUUUUUUCUCACUGGUCUUAAAGAUGUUGGAUGUGUCCUGUUUUGAGGGCCAGGCAGUUGUUUAAUGGAAGACUAGCUUUAACGCAUCGCAGGAACCAAGCGCGGCACGUGUUUUAUGAUCUCGUAAACGAGCAGUGAUGUUGUGAAACGUGUGUCUGUGUGCCUGGGGGUGGAUGGGUGGGUGAGUGAGUGGGUGGGGUCUGGUGUCUGAUAGGGAUUUAUCUACAUCCCCCCACCUCACACCCUCCCCUUUGUCUGGAUGGUGGAAGACUCCCUGGGGAGCAAUGCUGGACAGGCAGGAAUCUCUGUCCAGAUUUCCAGAGAUUCUCCCGUAUCCCUGACAUUAGAGCCAGAAGUGCUGCUGUUACUCUUUAACAUGCUCCAGUCAAAGCAGGUCCCUUUAACCUGCAUACUCUAUGGAAAUAAAACAUUCAUGUUAACUUUAGAGGAUAAAAGAAUGUCGUUGUAACCCUUCACCCAAGCUCAGUUUGUUUGCAACAUAAGAAAAGAAGAACCUUACUUGUCUUCAUGUAAUGAAAUACAUUAAUAAACAUAAAUCUUGUGCCACAUGUGCUUACUGCAUUUUUCUGCAUUUUGUUCCUACAGAUUUUUAUUAACAAUGAGUGGCAGGACUCUGUUAGUGGGAAGGUUUUUCCCACUUACAACCCAGCUACCGGGGAGCAGAUCUGUGAGGUUCAAGAAGCAGACAAGGUAAAUUUACAUCAUCACAGAGUUUUUUUAUGUUUUCUUCCAAAACUUAUUUUUUGUCUUUUCUCCAAGCUGAUCGGGGGUCUGAGAACCAGCUUUAUGGUCAAGAGUAUUGAUACCGCACUUUUUACAGUUAAUGCUACAGACUAAAAUAAUGAAAUACGCUAUAUUCUACACAACUGCUUCAGUCUUUAGAAGUACUGAUUACCAAAUUGACCUGUCAUUGUCAUUUUAAUGCUUUAAUUGACAGCUGUUUUUGGUGUAUUCAUAUUCUAGCAGUCCUUAUGUGUUAUGAUCAAAGUGGAGCAUAUUUUACUUUCAUAAAGUAAUAACAAUGUCAGUGUGAUAAAGUAAGCAUAUGUCGUGUGUACAGGAUAGUAGCCACUAAGUACAGCUGUUUAAUAAAUCUUGAUGAGGAAUGAGUACAAUUGUCACUACAAAGUUAUAAAACAAACACACUGAUAUCAGUCCAUUUUGAGUUGUGCUGGUCCAAACUUUGCAGAAAUUAUCAGAUGUGCUGCUGGUUUUUUGGGUGGGUGUGAAACAUGUUUAUUGGUUUACUGGCUCAGGUUGGAUAAUGAGUGGUUCUCUCUUUUCUAACAGGCUGAUGUCGAUAAGGCGGCGCAGGCAGCUCGCCUCGCCUUUUCUCUGGGCUCUGUGUGGCGAAGGAUGGAUGCGUCGGAGAGGGGUCGCCUGCUGUCCAAACUGGCUGACCUGAUUGAGAGAGACAGUGUCUACUUAGCUGUACGUUAUUGCAUCUCUCUGAAUUGGUUAACUGGAGCAAAUGACUUUUUUUUUUUUACUUACACACAGCUGUCCAGCUAUUUCUCAGAAGGUUAUAACAAUAAUAAGUCUUACUAUCUCCUGGGUUGUUGCCUUAAUUCUUAUAUGAAAUUGUUGAAAACUCCCGGUCCUUUGUUUACUUAAUUGCAUUGUAGUUUAAUGUGCGUUGUUUGCUUUAAUGCCCUGUAAUGCCUUUUGCAGAGCACUGUGAGUUGCCUCUGGGUUUAAGAAAUCUAAAUAAACUCGCUUUGCCUGAGAGAGAACAUAAAACUGUAACAUAGAGGGAACAUAUAAAUGUAACUCAUAGGCUGUAUUUGUAUUCUAGUGUUAUCUUAGUAUUAUAUGUCCUCCAUGGGGGAGUGUAAAAGCUGGAACAGUAUGGAAUUAUGUGAGGAUCACAAGGUUGUAUCACAUAUUUCUCAAACGUCUCCCCUGUCUCUCUUCAGACUAUUGAGUCACUGAACAGUGGGAAGCCUUUCCUGCCCACCCUGUUUGUUGACCUCCAAGGAACCAUUAAGACACUAAGGUACUUUGCUGGAUAUGCAGACAAGAUCCACGGCACCUCCAUUCCCAUGGGUGAGUUUUCCUUUUCACCACUACAGCUGAGUUUUAGAGUAAUGGGCAAACGGUAGAGAGGUGAAGUUUAAGACAAGAAACUCAAAGUACCAAAGAGUUAGUGUUGUGGUCAGAUUAUAAUUAGUCAUGUUUCAAAAGACUUAUCAAACAGUUUGUGGUGAUAUUUUAAAUAUAUGUACACUUUAAACAUGCCUAAAAGACUUCUUGGCCACAUUUGGACAAAAAAGCUGUGAAAACAACGCUGAUGUACCACCGAACUAUGUUUAUAUUGUAAACUAGAUACCAAGUUGUGGGCUCUCUAAACCCAAAUUUUCACAUUUGUGUUCAUUUCUAGUCAUGUUUGGCUUUGUAAUGGAUGGAAAUCCCCUCCUCCUUUUUGGUCUGUUUCGGUCUUUACUGACCUAAGGACAAAAUCUGGCUCGCCGUCUCUCUUCACUGUGUCUAAGUUCAUAAAAUUACCUCCUGAAAACAGCAUCAGAGAUUGGUUAGAGCAAACCAAAACAGGAAAGUUUUGCAGGUGUGUGAAAUCAAAACAACCUGCUGAAAAACACUAAAAAUAGUCAGCUUUCUGCUUGAUGAACUCCCAUUCGAUCUGUUAGUAUUAUCUGUCUAUUUCAUUUGUUCUAAAGAUUUUCGGUGCUUGAAUCUCUAAAGGUUAUAUAGAAAACACAUGCUCAAAGUCAGUGUUUUAGGUAUCAAACAGUCAAUAAAAUCACAAACUAACAUUUAUUGUCCUCAAAAGGCUGCCACCACUGUCGCCCCUCUGAGCUAGUUGAAUCUGAGGGUUGAAGAGGGGAAAGUUGGCUGUCUGUUUCAACAGGAAGCUCAAAAAAGGCAAACAGAAUAAGAGAGAGGACAUGGGAAACCUCUUGAUACCACUGUAUUGUCCCUCUCAAAGCUUCUCUUGUACACUGCUGCCAAACCCACCACGGUGAGCUCGGGCCGACAGCCCAGGGCUCUGGUUUAGGCUUUAUUUCUCUUGUAGACUUUCAGAGAAAAUAAGCAGGGGUAUUCCUGUGGCCUGUGUGAUGUAAGGAUGUCAGUAAUAAUGUUUGUUCACCUGUCAGAACAGCUAUUAUGAAUAUCCCCUCAGCAUCUAUUUGUCUUGCAUGUUAUGCUGAGCUUUCUGUGUUAAACUUGUAUCAUAGACAUUGUUGGAUGAAUGGGGAGUGUCAUUAUAAGGAGCACCUUUGGCUACGCAGUUUGGUAUAGUUUACAUUGCUUGUUCCAGAUUGAAAUAUAAGUCAUUUACAGGCGUCACACUUCCAAACAAACCUUGCAGAUACUUGAGUUCCUCCUGAAAAUCUCAUGUCUUACAGGUUUAUAGUUUCGCUCUCCAAACAAUAACAGUCCCGACAUCCAAAAAGGGUGAUAUAUGAGAAUCUGGAGCUCCAUGUCCUUUAUCAUUCUUUCACCGUCUCCCAUUGAAAAUCAUAAUCCGUGUUGUUAUCUACAAUCAGUCCCCUCCAAAUGCAACAUUAAGCAAUGACUGUGGUAACAAAUUUAUAUGCACAUUUCUCAAUAUCAAUUGUUUUUGUGGAGAAUGAACAAGCAUGGCACACCCUCAGUAAGUAACUCCUUUUUGCUUAAGUAAUGUUAGAGGAAUGAGCAAACCUUUCCAGCUAAACACCCAUCUCUCUAUGACCUAAAACAGUCGAACACAUGCCUGUGCUGUUGGAGGCUCCAAAUGUAAUCUCUCACCAGGGUAAAGAAAGCAGGAAUGUUGCGUGUGGAUUCAUUUACAAAUUAACAUGUUGAGUCAACAACACAGGAGGUAUCAGGUGCUGACAUUUUUCGUGCAAUUCAGGAUGUUUUUUAAGCUUCAUGCGUCUGAAGCUGCAAUAAAUAACCAUAUUUUUCUUUGUGUGUGUGUGUGUGUGUGUGUGUGUGUGUGUGUGUGUGUGUGUGUGUGUGUGUGUGUGUGUGUGUGUGUGUGUGUGUGUGUGUGUGUGUGUGUGUGUGUAUAUUUGUGUGUGUGGUGUGUGUUUGUUUGCUGCACAUGUGUUCCCCCACAGAUGGAGAGUAUCUGACAUUUACCAGAUAUGAGCCCAUUGGAGUUUGUGGACAAAUUAUCCCCGUGAGUAUUACCCCUCCAGUGAGUGACAUGAAUGAUAGAUACGAAUGGAUGUAAAUCUGUGAAACAGAUGAGUGAAUUUGUUAAGCUUAAAAAAGAUAUCACUUCUUGCUAGUCUGUUUGUUUCCCAGUUACUCCCUGACAGUCAUUGUUUAUUUGGGUAACUCCUACUGGUAAGCCCCCCCCCAAAAAAAAACGAUGCCAGUGAGUUUGAGCAAUAAAGAAGAGACAGGCAGAGGAGUGUGCGGGGGGAUUUAACAUGGUGGGGAUGAGGAAAGGAGAAUGGUGAGAAAGCAGGAAAAGAUCAAGGAAACAGAGACACGGCAGAUUGUGCAAGAGAGCAGAAAGCGUGUGGUUUUGCGUUGAGCCCCAUGGGCUCCUGUGUAAAGCAGAAAUAACACAGGCCUGUGUGUAGUACACUGAUACGGCUUUAUUGCACAUGUGUUGCAAUUUCCCGACUUUCUCAGAAUACUGUGGGAAGAGAAAAUACUGUACAAGUGCCCAGAACAUUUUCUCACUUGACUAUGUUUAGACAGAGUGAAAAUGAGAGUAAGUGACUUAAGAGCGAUGACUUAUUGAGCUUGACUUGUGACCACCCAGCGUGUCAGUCAGAUGCAUGAUGUCUUUUCCUGUGUACUCUGUGUGUGUGUGCGUGUGUGUGUCAUGCACAGUGGAACUUCCCUCUGAUGAUGACAGCAUGGAAGCUGGGUCCAGCGCUCGCUUGUGGAAACACUGUCGUCCUGAAACCUGCUGAGCAGACACCACUCACCUGCCUCUACAUCGCAGCGCUCGUCAAAGAGGUAAAUGCUCAUUUUGCCGACCGCAAUGUGUUCACCAGGCAGUUUGCCAGCACUCGAACGCUAAUACUCCAAUAACUGGAUCAGAAUCACUUACAUGUCCAAGUCUGCCAAGAACACAAUGUUCGCAAAGAAUUUGGCAAACACCUCACUUGGAUACUCUAAUGUUAGUGUAACUGCAAGGCGACAAAAACAGAUGUUUAACAAAGUGUCAGUUGUUUAUUUUGUGCAUCUCUUCAGAGCCUGUAAACCAGCCCGCGAUAUCUGUUAGAGUUAAAGGGUCAGUUCCACUAAAUCGCCUGAUAAAAACAUUUUUAGUACUCACUUGUUUAUAACAAAAAGCUUGAUUUGUGUCAAGUGAGUUUAUUUCUCUAGUUCUUGAGCAACUCAUGAUCUUCAAACUAAACAAUCAGAAUUGACAGAGUGAACAAAAGGAAUUGGAAUAUCAGUGCUGACACAUAAUGAUAAAAGUACAAACACACACUUCACCUCAAAACAUCAUCAAACUAAGUAUACAGUACUGGUCAAUUCUAGUUUAUAAAAAAAACAACAGUUGCAUAUUUGCACCACAGCGUAUUGUAUGGUUAGCGUAGGUUUAGUAGCAGGAGAAGUUGUGUACAUUAGGGGUAAACACAUGGGUCAGUUAUUCAAGAGAGAAACAAUCCAAUACCACAUGUUCAUGCAGAGAAACCUUAUCAUACUGUACAAAUCUCAGUGUCCACAUCCUCCCUGUCUUCCCCCGGCCCUCUCUGGCCUCGCCUCACUUUGGAGACUAUCUGUCUGCUGCCUCAGUCUUUUUGAUGUUCUCUCAGCUCUCUGCUGGUAGGGAGGUAGGGUUGGGUCCAGAUUCCCCCCACACCGCCUAUGGUUUUGCUUGGCUCUGCUGUCAUCCCUGCUAAAGCUUGUUUCCUCUCAUAUUGUUUUGACAGGCCGGCUUUCCACCGGGAGUCAUCAAUAUUUUGCCAGGAUACGGGCCAACAGCAGGAGCUGCAAUCGCUUCACACAUGUGCAUAGACAAAGUGGCGUUCACUGGAUCAACGGAGGUACAUUUCUCUUCUUAAUUGUUUCAGAUCAUCAGGCUUUUGUCAGCGAGUGACACAGUGACCAACAUGUGCAGAGCAGAGGAGCAGGCUGGGUAAUUAGUAGGCAUUGUGUGCAUGUAUUGAAGUCUAAAUGACAAACAAAUGGGCUCUUAUUUAAAGCUCCAUGCCCUGUUAUUACUCCCAUUUAAGUGGGGCUCUGAUUUUAUCUCGUCCACAUGCAUGUAUACGAGCUGUCUUUUGGUUUUAGCUUCAACCCUGCUGCUUAACUGCACCUCUACAGACCUGUUCACUGAACUUACAAUUCUGACACUCACAGGAUAAACUUGUGCAUCUUGGCAGAACAUUGGAGCAGUUAAUGGGCAACUACAUAAUCUAGGACACACCAUGUUAGGUGUUGAGCGCUCAGAUGUGUUGCAGUCCCGACACAUUCCUCAGGGAACGGCAGAUAACUUCUCUGCAGAUCAUUUAUAAACAUCUGUUACAUGUAACUGCAAACCAAGCCCCUCCGUAAAGAAAUUUACAGGGAUCCUAAUGUAGAAUGUAAAUGUAACCAGACUGUUCUUCCCAUCUACAUUAGGUAAAUUUGUCCAGUUUAUGUUGUUUUUCUUAAUGUUGGACUAAGGUGGUUAAGUGUACAUGGAGUUUGUUGUGAGAAGCCUUUAAUUAACCCUCACUGGUUUAAACAUCAGCCUCCUUCCUUGAAGGGAAAGGAAAAACUGGACAGCAUAAUGAAGAAUGUGGUUCCUUCAAACAUUUUUUUGUUUAUUUCAAACCAAAACGAGUAAAUACUACGGCCUAUUUUUCAUUCUUUUAACAAUUUAGUGGUGUAAAUAGAGGUAAAUGACAUCCCAAGUCUUUGUGAAGGACAAAUAUUACUAUUUUGAAGAACAUUAGGAAUCGCUACAGCAGUUCAUCAAUCAGCUGAUAUUCAUAUUGCAUCUUGAUAGAGCUCUCAGCCAUUAUAAUCUUUAGAGGGGUGUAGUUUCACACUUCAGUUUUACAUUUUUAGUUUGUUCAAAAUGACAGGAGUAUGGCAUAGAUUUAGCUUUUCCAAAAAGGUUGCCUCCAGGAGGAGUGUUGAAAACUUGAAUGGUUUCUGACAUGGGUCAUCAGAACCCCAAAUUUCUAUUUGUCUGACACUUCAGCUUAUUUCCUAAACAAAUGAGGAAGUCUGACCGUUAUCAGCUCACGUUUUCACUCUAGUUACUGAACUGAAGAGCGUUGUAGAUCAGUGAUCUUGCACAUUCAAUAACUCAAUCUGGAACUUAUCAAGGAAAAAAAUGAAACAGAACUUUAAAAGGUUGAUAUUUUUAUCUAAAUUAUUCGACUGACUAAUCUGAUCAGAUCUGAAGCUGCUUUUAUUAAAUAUCAACAUUACUGCUAACAGAAAGUCAGAGUAAAACUAAAUCACAUCAUUUUGUAAAGAUUUUCCUUGUGUCUAAACAGCUCCAGUUUUGUUCCUUAAUGAUUUUCCAGCACAAAUAUAAAACAAACAUUUUCCUACUGUCAUCCCCUCUCUGACACAUUCAAUCAGUGUGUGCACGCGAGUUUGCAAAAUGCACCUCCUGACACAAACGGCUUCUUUGUUUUAUCAUCUCCUCUUGAUUGAACAUUUCCUUUGAGAGUGGCCCAGUUUUUUUUUUUUUUUUACUGGUUUUCCUGUUGUUUCGUGUGAUCUGGAGUCAAUUACUGCGUGAAUGAGCUUGUGCUGUAAGAGACUUCUGAUGCCCAGACAGUGAGUCACUGCACUGCAGUAGUAGCAGCAGUGGGAGAUGCUAGCAACCACAGCAUCUCUUCACAGGGAUGAAGGUGGUGAUGAAGCUACAGGUGGAUUGUAGGACCACAACUCAUCUUUUUGCUCUCUCACAUGUGGCCGUGACUCCACACAAAGCAUCCUCUCAGCCCAGCAUGUUUCCUUUCCCCUUGAACAAACACGCUAACCUCCCCUUAGUCAGCCCCUCAGUGUUUCUGAUCAAAGACAGACCAAACACAACAGGAAAAAGAGGACGAGUGUUGUGCUGUGCUGUUUUUUUUACACAACUUUAGUACAAGCUCAGCACAGCAGCAGUUGAUGUUUUGAUUCACCAGUUUGGUUUUAUAUCUUAGUAUCUCAAAACAGCUCAGACACUUGAGAAGAUGGGGAGAGGAGAUGAGUCUUUUUCCAUUUAGGAGGUGGGGGGAUUUUUUCUCUGACAUUGAGAGGCUAUUUUUCCACGUCAUCCUCUCAGUUCUGUUGGAAAAUAAAACAGACUGUGUGAGUAACAGGAAGACAAAUCCUUGUUUAGGGUGUAGGGGUUGUGAAGGAGGAGGUGUGUUGAGUUUCUCAGGCUUCUUAUCUCAUUAGGAUUAGGUUUGACAUUUUGGGUAAGAAGUGUUAGAUGAAAACAUAAAAAUCAUUCUCAUACAUUCUCAAGAGAGCUAGCAGCUGGUUAGCUCUCUUACUGAUUUAUUGGUAUGACUUUAACAUAUGAUCAAGAUAAACAAUAUUUUUGUUUCUAUGAGGAGUAAUAGGAUUAAAGAAGGAUAAUAAGAAACCAAAUCCCUCGUCAUCCUCUAUGUUGACACAACAGACCCCCACCUACCCACACACCUUGUGGUUUCUCCCUCCUGCCUUUCAUUAGAUAUCAGAUGCUGUUUCCCGACUCAAGCAUCAUUUAUUUUCCUGCGGCUGUCUCCAAAAACUUGUAAUAGAUAUUCAUUCUGUGCGUUUGCAGAACUCAUGUUUCAGCUGGUGGGUUCCCUGUUUGGAGCUGACCAGCCUCUUUAAGUUAUUUAAUGGCUCCAGCUGAUUUACUGAUCUGGCUUCUGGCCUGCAUCUGUGAGUAAACCCAGGAUCUGUUUCCUUUGCAGGUCGGUAAGUUGAUCCAAGAAGCAGCUGGGAAGAGCAACCUGAAGAGAGUGACACUGGAGCUGGGAGGGAAAAACCCCAACAUCAUCUUUGCAGAUGCUGAUUGUAAGUUUUAAAAUAUUAUUUUAGGGGGUCUAUCACAGCUGCUGUUUUGUUGGUUCCCCAUUCUCAUUUUCUGAAAGAGAAAUGGCAAUCUUAAAGUGUUCAAAAAAGCUUUGUGUUGCUGUAAAAACCUGCAGAUAGAUGGGGUUUUAUAUAAAUUCUAAGUGGCUCAGCAAACUGGGGGUGCAGAGGCUUUCAAAUGCUUUCAGCAGCCGUGAGAGGGGCUCCCUUAGGCCUGUAAAUCAGAAGAAUGGACCCUGACUCAGUCGGGUGCUUCAGCCGAGACCCAUAAAUCACAGGGGUCCAUUAACCCUUCGUACUCAACAGCAGGGUCCUGUCUCUCAGGUGUCAGGUAUCAGAUAUGCGCCAGAUCGCUCCAGUAAAUUUCGGGCCCAAUUUUUUAACAUUAGAGAGUAGACAUAACUUGGAGUUACUUCACUAUCAAUGUUGUGUUUUUUUUAACUUGGAGUAUUGUCUAACUUUAAUUAACCAAAUCCUUGUUUUCUCCAGUGGAUCUGGCUGUGGAACAGGCCCACCAGGGUGUGUUUUUCAAUGCAGGCCAGUGCUGUACGGCAGGUUCUCGCAUCUUUGUGGAGGAGCCCAUCUAUGAGGAGUUUGUACGUAGGAGUGUGGAGAGAGCCAAGCGGAGGAUAGUGGGCAGCCCAUUUGAUCCCACCACUGAACAGGGUCCACAGGUGAGCUCCACAAAUCUAAGUUUCAGAAACCAGAUUUUCCCUUUUUAUUCACUCCUCUCUGUACACAUUUUAUCAGUAUUGUCUCUUAAGUCUGUCCCUUACUUUUUACAGAUCAGUCAGGAGCAGCAGAAGCGCGUGUUGGAGUUUAUCCAGAGCGGCAUCAGUGAAGGAGCCAAGCUGGAGUGUGGAGGCAAAGCUCUGGGCUUAAAAGGGUUCUACAUUGAACCCACUGUUUUCUCAAAUGUGAAGGAUGACAUGCGCAUUGCCAGAGAGGAGGUAAAAUCACAAUAAUCAUCAUAUCUCCAGCUAAAGCGAUGGAUACAUACCUCUGAAAACUUGUGCAUGAGGCUGCUUUAGACUAUACUUCAUGUCUUCCCUAAAACACAUAAUAAUAAAUGUAGACAUGCAGCAUAUCUAAGAUGCAAGUGAAAAUGGUUCAAGUUCUCAGUCUCAGUCCCUUUGAGCUCUGGAGAGAGACUAACCUUGAAAGUUGUUUCAGUUAUUUUUUAGUAAUACAGAGAGUCAGAUGGAAAGCUAAAAGUAAAUGUUGUCUCCAGUGUGAUAUAUUUUGUUUAACAUAGACCUCAGUCGCCUAACAUGAUGAGAUAAAUCCAGGUCAGAAAUAACCCUUGAUACAACACACUGUGUAAUGAAUAAUACACAAACAUAAUGUAUGCACUAAAACAUAAUUAUACUAAAAGUGUACUCUGGAUGUGUUUACAGAUUUUUGGCCCAGUCCAGCAGAUCAUGAAGUUCAAAAGCAUUGAGGAAGUGAUAGAGAGAGCCAACAACACAGAGUAUGGUUUAGUUGCGGCUGUAUUCACCAGUGACAUCAACAAAGCCAUGACCAUAUCCACCGCCAUGCAGGCUGGCACUGUCUGGUGAGUUUCUUCUGACCGUGUUUCUUUAGCUGCAAUCAGUAAUAUUCCUCAUGUGGGAAGUAUCAACCGUUACAGCCUCUGGCAUCCAGAAACUGAAGACUGGCGACGUGCCACUUCACUAUCAUUACACAAGCUGCAAAAAAAAAAUUGUUUUCCUUUCUUUUCCCUUUUUUUCACCCGCAGCUCUGACAUUCAAGACAUAAAAAUAUCAAAAACAAUCUGCCAGGGCAAGACAACAUGCAGACUGUAAAUCUUCAAUGUAAACCGAAACCUCAAUUUUAUAAUUUGUAUGAUUGAACUGCUCAUAAAAUGUGUUCUUUGAGGGUACACCUUAUAUUGUUGGCUUUCUUUUCUAAUUACCUUCAGAUGGCUGUGAGUAUGGAUAGAAUUAUAGUGAACAUACAGCCUCUGCCAAGAGUUUUUCACCCUUUCUCAUACUUGAUUGCAAUCCCCCAUAAACCGAGGAAACAUUUUUCUACCUUGUCCGUCAUUGUUGAUGCUUCCCAAUCAUUAUCCCACUUCUCCUCUUCCAUUUAGGACUUUGAGACCAAAUAAAACCUCUUCCUUUCUUUUACCACAAAUACUGCCUCCCUUGCUGCUAAAACUGACCAAAUUCAGUGACUUUUGUGAUGUUAAGACAUUCGUAUUUACUUCUGCUUUGUCAUCAGAUUUUCUCCUGAUCCUGUCUUCUGUUUGUGCAACACUAUGCUGUCAUAUGUAGUAUUUAUAUAACACAUUCAAGUGCAUAUUGUAGUACUCAAGAGUUCUGCAUUACACAAUGGUAUUUUGUCAUUAUAAUUAACCCUGUCUUCUGAUACAACUUUAAAAGGGUGGGACUGGUUGCUGGGGGUAGCUUUGUAUUUCCUACAUAGACAUAAACAGUUGUCAUAAAUAACUUAAAAAAAGAGACACAGUGAAUGUCCAUGUCCAAAAUUGUAAAUCUAUACAGAACAAAAAAGGUGUCUCUUUAAUCACUCAAUGUCUGCUUGUUUUUGACCCCGUUGGAUCAUGUUUUAAAUGAAUAAUUUUGAUUUUGUGAACUGUGCAUUGCUUCACUAAAUAUAAAGUCUCUCCCUCAUGAAAGAUACUUAUUUAAGUAGGGGGUUGCACAAACACAACUUUCCCUUUCCUGCUCUACCUCAGUUCCAUCUUCUUCAUAUUCAUCUUCAUAUUCAUAUUCAAUUUUUAUCCUUCCUAGACUACUGCAGUAAAAUAUUAUGAAAUAUGAAGCCUCAGUUGUAUUAGGAAUAAAAUGGGAUCAAGCCGUAAAAGCCAGAGUUAAAAAGAAACAGCCAUACUGUUGGCACAUUUGUUACCCAGCUGAUUUGAUACCACUUCCAUGGACAGAGAUAUGAACCCUUUUACAGCGCUGGAAACUGCCUGAGUCAAAUGCAAGAGAGUGAUCAAUGUUUUGUAUGUUUCUCAGGAUAAACUGCUUCAAUGCUCUGAGCACACAGUGUCCAUUUGGAGGAUAUAAAAUGUCUGGCAACGGACGUGAAUUGUGAGUAUGGCUUGGUUUCCUGCCCGCUGGAUAUGAUUGAUGCUGACUUUGUGUUUUAAAAACCUACUUUCCAAAAUUGAUUACCAUCAUGUAAAUCUUCAUGUGAGAGGAUAAGGAAACAAUUCUGCAUCAUGAGCUUCCAGCUGUGUGCAGAGUAUACAAAGUAGGCAGGAUUAUAACCGCUUCUUGUACUCUGAUUCCAGGGGAGAAAACGGCUUGAAGGAGUACUCAGAAGUGAAGACCAUCACGAUGAAGAUGGUCACCAAGAACUCUUAGGGCGGCCACACUUGUUUUUGGGAGGAGGUAGCAUCUUCCUCAUCGUCAUCGCCUCAUGUCGGUCCGUCCACAGUGGCAAAACACAUUCACCACUCAAACUAGUUAUCUCCAUGGUAACUACAGGCUGUGACCACUCGCUGCCCUCACAGUUCCUCCAUCAACUCCACAUUGCUCACCAUGGACAGCCAGCCAAUCACUGUCCAACUCUCUCCAGUUUGUGGACUGUCUCCAGUCUAACUGACUAUUACUGAACAACCCCCCAUAAUGUAUACCUCCUCCACUAACUACACUAAAGCACUCACAGAUACGAUGGGGGAGGCUGUUCUGACUGCAAACUCCAAUAACACCCCCCUGCCCCCCAACCACUAUACCCUCAUCAUCCUCCUCCUCCUCCCCUCAGAUGCUGGGUGCUCAGAGACUCGGUCGGCGCACUUGCAAUCAACCCUAUACGAGCAACUUGUCAUGUGUCGGGAGGUGUUUUUUUCUGUUUUGUGCGGCAUGGUUGACAAAGACUUCAUGUGUCAUUGUCUUGGUAGAAUUUAUGCAAGCACGUCAGCUCAUUCAAGACCUGUGAUAUGAAUGGAUGAAAUGUUAAUUCAGAAUUAAAAUUGAUCUCUAAUUGUCUUUGUUUAUAUUUUAGCUUGUACGACUAAACACUGUAUGUCAACCUUCGACUGAUGUAAACGUGAAGAUUUAACCUCUUAAAAGCAUUUUACUCUCACCUGCUAAGAGAGGAGUAGAUGUAUUUUAAACAUUAUGUAACUGAUUUUCAUUGAUGUCCAUCUAUGUUUAUGUUUAUACAAUCAUAUGCUAUAAAAUUGUAAAAUGUACAUUUUUUUCAGUAAAAACUUUGUUUUUUUACUGGAAA